CAGAUGCUUGCUUGCUCGCUUCCCUUGUUUACCCCUUCGAAAAUGUUAUUUGCCUUAUAAAAAUGGGGCGAACAUGAGCGGAACGAUAGCCCAACUUUCUUUUUCUCUACCUUUUCCAUGGAAUUCACCUUCGUAUCAACUUUACCACAAAAUCCAUUUACCUCGACUGUUAAGACAUGUUCACCACUGGAUCGUUCAUAUAACUACAUGCACGAUAGCCAUCAAUGGCUUUUCUUCCGAGAAUCGAGAUGGAUACCGUUCGAUGCGCAUAACCAAGUUAAAUUAUUUGAAACUCUACAAAUGAACGGCAAGUUUGUGGAUUUGAAGGACUCUCAUUUUCCAGGGGUUGAACGAUUGAGAGUUUUUCCGGCGUCCAACUAUGUUAGCUAUCUAGGCACCCGAUAUAACCUUAGCCACAUCCUACUCCCUCGCUUCUGAUUAAGUUGACAUUGACGCACCUACCACGUCAGCAAAGAUAGCAUGAGUGUGGUGCAAUGUGAUCACUUUAGUAAUAUGGAGGCAGUGGCACAAACAUGCACCAUUUUUAUAUUUGCGAGAAUACAGUUACAGUAACAAUUAAUAAAAGAACCG